AUGGCUUCCUUGAUCGCCUUCGAACUUUUAAACUUCAUAGUCGCUGUGAGUUUGACGAUAACGCUGUCCACGAGCUUGGUGCAAGAGGCAGUCGCUCCGCACACCAUCUCAGGAUUCGCGUCGAACAUGGUACGCCUUAAUCUGAAGGGAAUUCAGCCUCCACUGCUGCACCUCUAUCCGGCGAACUUCUUUCAAACCUCUAACAGGGGGUCGGAGCUACACUCAAUCGCCCUAACAUGUCGCAUGAAUGCUAGACUUACAACAUCCGUGAAGCAGAUUCUGAUCGUGAAGAUUUCCGAACAAGGCUUCCCGUUGACAUCUUUCGUUAGACUCAUUUACGGGUUUCGUUAUGCAUACCCCCUUUCGACCACCACGUACAUGAACGUAUGCAUCAAGGACUGUCGCUUCAUCCACACCGUUUGGAAAUCCACUGUUGCAAGAAAUUCGUGGAUUUUGCCGUCCACGCUCAACCUUGCGCCGCUGUAG